AUGUCCUCCGGUAAAUUAUUGUCUUUCACUCUCCCACCUGGAAAAUACCCCCUGACAGAUGUCCUUGCACUGCCGAUCUUCAAGCAGGAAGAACCGCAGCUGUCUCCUGAGAAUGAUGCCAAACUGCCUCCCUUUCAGUACGUCCUCUGCACAGCCACGUCACCUGCUGUGAAACUGCAUGAAGAAACCCUGACCUACCUCAACCAAGGUCAGUCUUAUGAAAUCCGUCUACUUGAGAAUAGGAAAUUGGGAGAGUUUCAAGAUUUAAACACAAAAUAUGUAAAGAGCAUAAUUCGUGUAGUUUUCCAUGAUCGACGCCUGCAGUACACAGAGCAUCAGCAGCUCGAGGGCUGGAGGUGGAGUCGGCCUGGGGACCGCAUCCUUGAUAUAGAUAUUCCACUGUCAGUUGGUAUCUUGGAUCCCAGGGCCAGCCCCACCCAGUUGAACACUGUUGAAUUUCUGUGGGAUCCAUCAAAGAGAGCCUCAGCAUUCAUUCAGGUACAUUGCAUCAGCACAGAAUUUACUCCACGGAAACAUGGAGGAGAGAAAGGGGUGCCCUUCCGGGUUCAAAUCGACACCUUUAAGCAGAAUGAAAAUGGUGAAUACACAGAACACUUACAUUCUGCAAGCUGCCAGAUCAAAGUGUUCAAGCCUAAAGGAGCAGACAGAAAACAGAAGACUGACAGGGAAAAAAUGGAGAAGAAGACCACCCAAGAGAAGGAGAAGUAUCAGCCUUCUUAUGAGACAACUAUUCUCACAGAGUGCUCUCCCUGGCCAGAUGUGCCUUAUCAAAUGAACAAUGCUCCAUCUCCAAGCUACAACAGUUCUCCCAACAGCUUCAACCUUGGAGAUGGCAACAGUUCUCCAACCCACCAAGUGGAGCUCCUGCCUCCCAGCAAUGAUCAUCUCCUUCCUUCUGCUUCUAUUCAAGAUGCCCAGCAGUGGCUUCAUCGUAAUAGGUUCUCUCCAUUCUGUAGACUCUUCUCAAGUUUUUCGGGUGCUGACUUACUGAAGAUGUCCAAAGAAGAUUUUGUUCAAAUCUGUGGGCCUGCUGAUGGAAUUCGGCUCUUUAAUGCAAUCAAAGGAAGAAAUGUAAGGCCCAAGAUGACAAUUUAUGUCUGUCAAGAACCAGAGCAGAACAGGUCCCAUCUUCACCAAAAACGAGAAAAUGGAGAUGGCAGUCUUUGUGUAUAUCAUGCAAUCUUCUUGGAAGAACUGACCACACUGGAAUUAAUCGAGAAGAUUGCAAACUUGUACAGCAUUUCUCCACAACAGAUAAAUCGAAUCUAUCGGCAGGGACCCACAGGGAUCCAUGUAUUAGUGAGCAAUGAGAUGGUGCAAAACUUCCAAGAUGAAUCUUGUUUUGUUAUCAGCACAUUAAAAGCUGAAAGCAAUGAUGGCUACCACAUCAUUUUAAAAUGACCGUGCUGCACAGAAAGACUUUAACAGCCUAAAAUUU